CUCUCGCUUUUCUGUCUUGUGCUUGCGUUGGUUGGUUUCAAUUAUUUGUUCACAGUUGGAGUGUCUUAAAGUUAUUCUAUUAUUUUACUGGACGUAUAAUCAUAACUUCCGUAUUCAUAUAGAGUAUUAUGUGCAUAAAUACUUUAUAAAUAUGUAAAAUAUCAAUUUGAUAAUCAAAAUCUUCAUUGAUAAAAUAUUUAGGCGGAGAAGAUAUAUUAUAAUUUAUAACAGUGUAUAAGGCUUUGGUAAUCAAAAAAGAAAUCCAGAAAUUAACAGAUUAUAGAUUAACUAUUUGUAAAAGGCAGCGAGGAUGAUGUAGUAAUAAAUUAAUAUAGUUAGAGGAUAUGUUUGCACCACAGGAAGCCGUACUAUUGUACGCUUUGAGCAUUUUUAAUAAUAUGUAAGUUAAAGAAUUACUGCUGGCGUUUUAACUGCAAAACAUAUAGUGUAUUUAUAUAUAAAGUGUUCUAGAUAUCGCCCAAAAAACAACAAGGUUAUUCAGUACCAGCAAACAUCAUCAACAAUAAAAUAUAUUAUAUGAGUGGAUAUGUAAUAACCGUAACAUUUCUACUCGUAUUCUGGUAGAUAGCUUGAUUGGAUUUCAAAUGCAAUAGACAUCAAGUCAUGACACAGUUUUAAACAUCUACGCCGUCUGAUCAGAUCAAACAAGACUUUUGAUUGACAAUAUCUUCAUACUUCAUAUAAUCUUAUAUCACGUGGUACCGAGUUUCUACAGAUGUAGACCUCACUAAACUUUAUUCAGGCAAGGAGAUGGCCGUUAUGUUGGAUCCAGUAUGAGGAUAUUCUUUUGGUUCAUGGUCUUACUUACAUGGACUACCGGUAUGGUCAAAUCACAAGGAUACAUGGAUCCAAAUAUUGAAUCUGACUCCUGCACAAGUUGUGAGCACAAGUAUACAGUUCGAGGGGCAAGGAAAGGUAUAUUUACGUCACCCGGAUUUCCAGAGGACUAUCCAGAAAGGACAACAUGUUGUUACUUCUUCCACGCCAAGGAAGAUGGCAGAGUAAGGAUAGAAUUCGACUACUUUGAUCUUGAAGCGUCCGAUAAUGAGUGCAGAUACGAUUAUAUUGAAAUAUCAAGCAUCAAUUCGCACGGAUAUAAAGAGAAGCCGAAAGCGCUUUAUUGUGGUAAAACUACCCCGCCCGUUUACAUAUCAACACAUUCCAAACUUGACGUAGUGUUCCAUUCUGACGUCACUACAAAUGCCAAAGGAUUUCUAGGACAUUACGAGUUCCUCGAUAAAAACUGGCACCCAUUUCCACCAUCAACUAUCGGCUGCGGUCCAGGCUAUCUAACGGGUCCUGGAGGUUCGAUAAUUUCACCAAGACACCCAGAACCGUACCCGUCUGAGGCCGGAUGUACGUGGGUCAUACAAGUAGAACAACAUCAAAGAAUUCUACUUAACUUGUUGUCAAUGGAUAUAACAAAUAGUGUGACGUGCACGGACACCAAUCUCAUGAUGAUAUUUGAUGGUUUUGUAACACCGGACAAGGAUCCUCUCAGAUAUUGUGGUCAGUUAGAACAAGAAGCUGAUGACCGCCGGGAAUAUCUCUCUCAGGGUGACAGAGUAGUUAUAAGGUUCAUUUCCGGAUUGACUAAUCCUGGAAGAAACAGUGGAUUUGAAUUAGUCUGGACAGCUGUAACUCUAGAGAAAUCUGGUGAUUGUCAGGGUUUUGAGUGUUCUCGUGUGGGUACAAAACGAUGUGAUAGGUCGCUAGGACAGGAACUAUGCAAUGAUCAACAUUUUUGUAUCGACAAGAGUUUGAAAUGCAACGAAGUCCCCAACUGUGGGGUGUCAGACGACAGCGAUGAAAAUAAGUGCCUCAGUUACAUAAUGCGAUAUGUGGGAAUAGUAGGUGGAUGCUUGAUUUUAAUAGUUAUUAUCAUAAUAGUUGUCUUCUGCUUUUAUAAAAGACGCUGCAACAGAGACCGCGUGAAAUACAGCGUUCCAAACGAACAAUCGCUUACACAUUCAAUGACGCAUUCCUUCAUGUCCACACAGAGCUCAAGUGUUCCAGUACGUUCAUUGGAGCAUAGCCCUAGAUCAUCUUGUGUAAUGUACACUACAUCAUUUACUGACUGUGGUAUCAAUGAUCACGUGACCACACCCAACCACAAUGGUAAAAGUAACAGUGGUUUAAAUAGUUUUUCACAUUCGAAUUCACUGCAGCUACCAGAGCCUAAUAAAGAUACAGAGGUAGGCGAUGAUCAAGCAGCAACUUUAGAUGACAUUAAAGAAACCAGUGCAUCAUAUAAAGGUCAUAAGAAACGACCGUCAUAUCACAUGAUGAGGGAAUUAUGUUACGAGGACGGAAAUAUUGUCCUUGCUGAGAUAUAAUAACAUUCACAUCAAGCUAAAAUAAAUCAUAUUAUUAAAUUUCUUAAGGCGCAACAUUCUGCUUUACUCUGGUAGAAUUCAGGCAAAACGAUCAAUUCAUUUUUUGACCUCGUUCUACUUAGCUUAUCAGACACCAACGGCACUUCUGUCUUUAGUGAUACUAAUGUUUUCAUUAUACAAUGUACCAGCCUUUUUCUUUAGAUUGUCUAUGUACAUUAUUGCAGACAGAAGAUAUGAUGAAAAUGACUUUACAUGGAUAAUUUCUAGAAAAAUCUUUCAAUAUUUUGAGUCUGACAUUUUAAUUUACAAAAACAUUUCAACACCAUUUUAUGACUAUAUUUCAUGAAAUACAAAGUCCACUUAGGAUUGGGACAUACUGUACAAAGAGUAGGCGUCCGUUUGCCUUUUUCUUAGAUAUGAUUUACAUAGAUACUAUGUCGUAUUACAUUUAAUUAAAUAUCAUUACAUUUUUACAAUGUUUUACUAUGUGUUUUUUUAAACAUUGACUUCUGUUAUACAAAUAUGUACAGCAACAUAAUUUAGGAGACAAAUAAGUUGGUUGUUGGGAUAUUUUCUUGUGAAGUAUUACUUUGGAAAAAGCUGAUGUAAGCAGGUGAUUGUAUGUGUAAAAUGUAUAACUCGUGUUCUUUCAAGGAACAGGUUAGUUUUAAGACCGAACUUUAGCUGAAUAAGAAUUGUUUUGAUAUUCAUAUUUAAGUAACAACAUUUUCCCCACUGGCAAAUAUCGUUGUACGUUUAUAUGAUUGUCAAUCACCAUGUUUGCAUGUACGCUCCCUUGUUUAGGAGUACAUGUAUUUGACAGUCUGCAGUCGAGUUGAUAAUUAGUUACCGUGCUGAUUCUGCUCUUAUAUAACAGAAAGUAAACAAAAUACAUGAAAGUAAUGUUUAAAUCAAAGCCGUACACGUAAAAGCAGUGUCCUUGAUUUUAUUCUUUGAAAUUGAUAAUUACACGUACAACAAGUUAAUUUACUAUUUAUCAAUUAAUAAGUCACUCAUUCGUAUGUAUCUGGUCCGUUUAUUGUUAACCCCUGCAUUACACGAACCAAAAAAUUGCAACGCCUUUGCCACCAGUAUAGAGCAAGGUCAGCCUGUAUGUCAGCACACUGACCAUGUUUUAUACUGUUGGCUGACCAACUUCAAAAUUCUAAUUGCACUUUACCUAAAAUUGAUAAUGAACUGUUUUAAAAUAGAAGUUGCACAAAUUAAUUAAGAAAAAGUCAGGAGGUGAAAGGUUAAUAAAUGACAGAGUCUCUCGCUGAUUAUUCCAAACAUGCUUGUUAUUUCAUAUCAGUUAGAAAUUGACAUUGAUCAUAUACAUAAAACAGAUAUGCACCUUUCCAUUACCCCUCAUGAACUCUACAAUUUUCAUACAUUUUUCCAUCUCUGCCGAGGCAUCUCCCCUUUUCAAGAUUUUGUCAGUUGUUGUUUUAACCCCUUGAAGAAAACAAUAGAAAAAUCACAUAUCAUCUCUUUUAACCUAUCUAAUUUCAAAUAAAAAUAUGAAGAGUUCAUGUACACAUUGGCCCUGCCUUUACCGUACAUGACGCCGCAAGGAGAUGUAUAUAUGUCUAACUACAUGUACAUAUUUGCGCGUGUUUGAAUUCGUACAAAUCUCAAAGAUACUUGUUCAAUGUCAUAAGAAAGAAGUAGAUCUGAAUUUAGUCAGAUUUUGACAAGUGAAAUUUAAAAAUACAUGAAUCAUUAGUUUACGAAGCAGUCAGGGCGUAAAUACUGAACCAGUGCGAAAAUUGAUGAUUCCAUGGUAUACUAUACUGACCAAUUUUUGAACACCGUAUAGGGCAUGCUAUAUUUUUAAAAUGCUUAAAAUAUAUGUUAAUGUAUGUAUGCAUGUACAAAAGAUGUACACGUGUUUGCCCAACUGUUAUCAUAAUAUGAAAAUACCAGAGAUUAAUUCAACUUACUUUUAAAAGGGGUAUAUAUAUAAAAUGUUUAUAUGCUACAAUUGUUAACUUUAAAGUAUACUCUGUCUAAUUUUCUGUACAUGUUAAAUACAAUAAUAAAACUUUGUAUUAUUCAACUGUG